AUGCAUCUUUUACUAAGAAAUAUAAGACCUUUCCUAGUAAGAAAUUACCAUCGAAAGUCAGUGGCUGCAUUAGCAGCAGAAAUAAACAGAGACAAUGUCAAUAGCAAGUAUUCUGAGCAGCUUGAAAAAUUUAAAGACAGAAUUUUGUUUAAUUCAUUACUGGAAGUUCAAAAAAUCAAAAUAAGGAAGCUUGAUGAGGUACAGACAAGUAGUUUAGUUAAGAGAAGAUUAAAGCAAGAAGAUGCAUUAGGUGUUGUUCCAUUGCCCGUAGUGCUUAAUCAGUUGUGCGAGGAAAAACCGAAAGAACAAGAUACAGAGGAACUGGAUUUUAAAAAACAGCAUAAACAAGUUGAAUUUACUGUAUCUUCACUGCCUUAUUCGAGAUUCUUAAAAGUUCAAAGCAGUGAAUUGAAGGAAUCACAAGAAAAUGAGGAUAAGAAAGUAGUUCCCAAUAAUUGGCUCAAAGAUUACGAACUGUAUGAUGAGGCUGAAGAUGAGUUACAGUCGGAAUAUGGAACUCCGGACCAAUUUUCCAGUCACAAACGUUGCUUGUGGUGGAUGUGGUGCAUUACUUCAUUGUAAAGACCCAUCGAUUCCUGGAUAUCUCCCGAGUGAAAUUCUCACAGACUUGAAUAAAGAAGAACUGAAGACUGUUCAUUGUCAGAGAUGUCACUUUCUUAGCAAAUAUAAUACAGCUAUUAGUGUAUCAGUUAAGCCUGAAGAUUACAUUAAUAUAAUUUCAUCUAUAAAGGAUCAGUCAGCACUAGCAAUUGUUAUGGUCGACUUACUAGAUUUUCCAUGCUCAAUAUUUCCAAAUCUAUCAAACAUACUUGGAAAGACUAGACCAAUAUUUCUAGUUGGUAAUAAAGUUGACUUGAUUCCUCGAGAUUCCCAAAAUUAUUUGGACAAUGUCAAGCAGAGCUUAAGAUCGGAAGCCUUGAAAAUGGGAUUUGAAAACAAAAGUAUUAAGCACACAGCAUUAAUAUCUGCAAAAACUGGUUAUGGUGUUGAGGAACUGAUUACUAAACUCCAUCAAAUUUGGAAGUAUAAAGGAAAUGUCUACCUAAUUGGUUGUACAAAUGUCGGUAAAUCUUCUCUAUUCAAUGCGUUUUUAAGAUCAGAUUAUUGCAAAUCAGAAGCAACGAACUUGAUUCAACGAGCUACAGCAUCUCCGUGGCCAGGAACGACAUUAAAAAUGCUUAAAUUCCCGAUUUUACGACCAUCAGACUUUCGAGUGGCACUAAGAGCUCAAAGAUUAGCAGGUGAAAGAAGUGCAAAAUAUCUGGAGGAUGAAUAUCGAAGGCAAGAAGCAAAGGAUAGAAAAAGUAUAAAGCAUGCGACUCUAAUUGGACAUAUUGGAAGAACGUUUGAAAAAAUUGAGGAACAUUCAGAUCCAGCAGCUCAAUCACAUACUGGUGGAUAUGCGGGAAAGAUUCUCACAUUAAAUGAGAAUGAAGAAAGAUAUAUCCAAAGUAAAUGGUGCUUUGACACGCCAGGAGUUAUGCACAGUGAUCAGAUCCUUCCACAGCUUACAACAGACGAAAUUCUCAAAGUACUUCCAAGACACAUGAUUCGUGCUCGAAUGUUCUUUAUGAAACCAGGAAUGUCACUUUUUAUCGCUGGAUUAGCAAGACUUGAUUUUAUAGACGUUCCCAAAUUGACAAGAGCUAUUGUCUACUCAUCUCUUCAUCUUCCAGUGACAAUUUGCAAUACAGACGAUGCUGAUGAUUUUUAUGAGAAAUUCCUAGGUUCUGAACUUCUCGGAGUUCCAAUAACCAUGAAUGAAGAUAGAUUAUCAAAAUGGCCUAAAUUAGAGCCUUUAUAUGAUGAGAUUGCAAUUGAUUGAUGGAAUCGAUAAGCACGUUUCAGCAUGUGAUUUUGUUAUGUCUUCUGCAGGUUGGAUAGGAAUUAAUUUACCAAAAAAUACAGUAGGCAUUUUCAAGCCAUGGAUUAUUGGAGGUAAAGGUGUGCAUGUAAGAAAACCGUCAAUAUUAUUGAAUGGAUUCAACUUGAGAGGUCACAGAAUACGAGAUUCACCUGCUUACGGAAUUGGUGAUGCUUAUACAUUUAGAAAAGUUUUUAAAAAAAUAAAUAUGUAG